AGAGAGAGACAGAGAGAAACAGACUAAAUGAAGGGGAAAACGACAGACAGAUACCAACAGACAGAAUCAGAUACAAGACAGAGAAACGUAACAAGAAGAGAAAUCUUUAGCGUGACGAGUCCCAGACAGUGAUUAGAUAGAAGAAAUUCACAGUAAUAUUAAAAAAGUGCUCAUGUAAAAAGGGGCUAAAGGGGCAAAUAUAUUCCGAACAAAGAAAUAAAUAAAAUCUAAACGCAAGAGCGGACAGCAAGAACGAGGACUUUGUCGACAGAGAAGUUCCACAAACGCGAGAUGUGUGGAUUUACAGGGUGAGUGUCUGAAGUGAACCUCAUUCCCAUUAAAGGAUCGGUCCACGUGUUAGAUCAGCUGAUAUAACCUAUAGGAUCCUUACGGACCACGAGCCUACAGACGUUCACACUGUAACUCAUCACAUCGAUCGCUUUAAGGUUCGUCCAAGAGAAGAUCUCAAAACUUUAAAGAAAGUUCUUAGGAUUAUAUUGGGCAUUGCGGACAACAUAAAGGAAGAAUUUACGAGAGAAGGAGAUCGCAAAGCAUCGUUAAUUUUAAGAACAUGAAGCCUUUCUCCAUUGGGCGUCACUGACAGAAAUGAAAAUGGCUUGGGCAACAAAGAUGGUGUCUUAUGUUCUCUCCCUCUUCCUGCUGCUUUCCCCCUGCACCGCUGAGCCAGACGCCCAUUUUGAUCCAUCUUCUUGCCGAUACGCAUUGGGCAUGCAGGACAGGACUAUACCAGAUGAGGACAUCACCGCAUCCAGUGCCUGGUCGGACUCUACAGAAGCCAAACACAGCAGAUUGGAAAGUCAUGAUGGCGAUGGUGCCUGGUGUCCAGCAGAAUCCGUGUAUCCCAAUAAUGACGAGUAUUUGCAAGUAGACCUAAGGAAGCUGUAUUUUGUAACUCUGGUGGGCACACAGGGUCGAGAUGGUGGUGGGCUGGGCAAGGAAUUCGCCCGACAUUACCAACUGCGCUACAGCCGUGAUGGCUAUAAGUGGGCUCAAUGGAAGGACCGCUGGGGAAAUGAAGUUAUAGCAGGUAAUGAAAACACACAAGAUUUGGUAUUGAAGGAUUUGGGUCCCCCGCUUAUUGCCCGCUACGUUCGUUUCUACCCCAUGGCUGACCGUGUGAUGAGCGUCUGCCUGCGGGUAGAGCUGUACGGCUGCGUGUGGCAGGAUGGACUUCGCUUUUACACUUCCCCACCUGGUAACGUGAUGCAUCUCCCAUCAAUGCUCAUUAGUCUCAAUGACUCUACCUAUGACGGGCUCACUGUGGGAGGGCUGCAGUAUGGAGGCCUGGGUCAGCUGACAGAUGGCGUUGUGGGGGCUGAUGACUUCACCCAGCAUAAAGAGCAGGGAGUCUGGCCGGGGUAUGACUAUGUCGGCUGGAAUAAAGACAGCUUUCAAUCCGAUUUUCUGGAAAUGGAGUUUGAGUUUGAUGCACUGAGAACAUUUACCUAUAUGAGGGUGCACUGCAAUAACAUGCGUUCCCAGCGCGUGCAGAUAUUCCGUCAGGUGACGUGCUACUUCAAACGAUCCUUGCAUACGCCGUGGGACGUGCAGCCAGUCAAUGUGUCCCUGGCACUGGAUAUUCGGGACCCCAGCGCACGUUCCGUAACUAUCCCCCUGAAUGGCAGAGCCGCUCGCAUCCUGCGCUGUCACUACUUCUUCUCCAGCCAAUGGCUGCUGUUCAGCGAGAUCUCAUUCCUCUCCGAAAUUAUGGACUCUUCAGAACCUGAGGAACCCAGUCCACUGCCUCCACCAAAAGAGGCACCUCCUAUACCAACCGUAACGAGCCAACCUGCGGGUACCAGCCAGCGAGUGACUACUGCUGCAAUGAGCACCGAAAACUUAAAUGGACAAGUCCUCGAGGCGGGCAGUGACAUCAGAAUGAACCAACCAGUUGCCAAGGAUGACAGCGGAGACACUUUUAUUUUAAUUGGAUGCCUAUGUAUCAUUAUUUUGCUUCUUGUGGUCGUCAUCAUCCUCAUCCUUUGGCGCCAACGCUGGAAGAAAUUGCUGGGGAAGGCUCAGCGCCACCACUCUGACAGUGACCUCACCGCUCGACUCUCCCUCCCAUCUGAUACCGUUGUCAUCAACAACACCCAGAAUCCUCUGCCUCCUCGUCAUGGAAACCGCUAUGAGCGUAUUUUGACUUCUGAGGGAGAAUACCAAGAACCAAGUCAUCAUCCCAGAGCUAAAAUAGCCACCCUCCCUCCUACCCCUGAGAGUGCAGCUUUGCUGCUAAACAAUCCAGCCUAUGCACUCCUCCUCUCCACCUACAACCAGCCAAUCACAGAGCCCAGUGGCGUGCAAGCUAAGCCACUCAACAGCCAGGAUGGAGGCUACAGGGAGCUGGAGUCCCCCAAACUUCCAGUGCUGUGCCCCGCUAGUGUCCCGCACUACGCCGAAGCAGACAUUGUUACUCUUCAAGGGGUAACAGGGAGUAACACGUACGCAGUACCAGCACUGACUGCCGACUCUCUAGCCUCCAAAGAGUUGCCUCUCAGCAAGUUUCCCCGGGGACAUCUCCUCUUUAAAGAAAAGUUGGGAGAGGGACAGUUUGGCGAGGUACACCUCUGUGAGGUUAUGAACCCGCACGAACUCCCUACUCUUCAGUUCCCUUUCAACAUGCGCAAAGGCCGGAGCCUCCUUGUGGCUGUCAAGUUGCUACGGUCUGACGCCAAUAAAAAUGCCAGGAAUGACUUCCUGAAGGAGCUAAAGAUCCUGUCCCGUCUGAGUGACCCUCAUAUUAUACGCCUUCUGGGGGCAUGCUUGGACGAGGAUCCUCUGUGUAUGAUCACAGAGUACAUGGAGAAUGGGGAUCUCAAUCAGUUUCUGAGCGCACACCAGCUGGGUGAAGAAGAUGAGAGUCCCGAAGGACGAGCAGGCCCACCCUGCAUUAGUUACCCAAGCCUUCUCCAGGUGGCGUUGCAGAUCUGCUCUGGAAUGAAAUACCUCUCAUCUCUUAAUUUUGUGCAUCGUGACUUGGCCUCCCGGAAUUGUCUGGUGGGAGAGAACCUUACAAUCAAAAUCGCUGAUUUUGGGAUGAGCCGCAAUUUGUAUGCUGGAGAUUACUAUCGCAUACAGGGCCGGGCUGUACUGCCAAUCAGGUGGAUGGCAUGGGAAUGUAUACUUAUGGGAAAGUUCACCACAGCCAGCGAUGUCUGGGCAUUUGGCAUCACCUUGUGGGAGAUUUUAAUGCUGUGCAAGGAGCAGCCAUAUGGAGAGUUGAGUGAUGAAGAUGUGAUCGAGAAUGCCGGGGAAGUCUUCAGAGACAGCAAGAAACAGAUUUACCUAUCUUGCCCAGUGAUAUGUCCUCCGACCCUCUACGAGCUGAUGUUGCAAUGCUGGGCCCGAGAUUGCCGGGAGAGACCUUCGUUUCAGGACAUCUACGCCUCCUUGUCCUCACAUGCAGUCUGCUCCACUCCGCUGGGACUGAAGGAAUAGUCCAAGCUUGACCUUCAUGAUAGGUCCUGCAACAUUUGACACUCCUCCUUUCCUGCCCACCCAUGGAAGUGGGAAUUGCGGGAACACCUCUUAAUCCUGUACAUUAUAUUCCUAUAAACUGGAAAUAACCGUUGUGUUGAUCAGGCUAUACGAUGCUUACACACAAGACUUUUCACCAGAAUUCUGCUCCUGUUCAAGCUUAUACAAAUGCCACGGCACCGCUCACAUCCCCAGUCUCAAACACUGGAUGUCCAGACAUUAUCCUAUUACUGUGCCUCAUGCCUUCAUAUUAGCUCCUCUUGAUUUUUUUUCCAUAUUCUGUUCACUGACCCAUGAACAAAUUUC